AUGGCAACUAUGUAAACAACGAGGAGGUUGAAUUCCGUGAACUGUUUCUUAUUUCACGCUAAUUGCAGAUGUGGAGAAUAUAUAGGUGUUUAGAUGAGAUGACAUCAGUUCACCCAGAAUCCAAGGAGCUUCCAUAUUACUCCAGCACAAGUGAUACAACUCCUAUUUCCUAAUGUUAUGUUUGCACUUCUAAACUUCAUGUUUGGUGUUGGAUAUUAAAAAUAAUGACUGCCGUGUAUCCUCAAUCAGUUGUUGAGGCGCCAAAUUACUCAGUUGAUGCUGAGCCAACACAUGCUGAAGUCAUUGAUGAGCAUAGUAGUGACUCUUCAAAGCUAAAUGUUAAGAGACCACUAAGGAGGGGCUCAACAUGGCAGAGGGUGAGAGACAAAUGGAAUCGAAAGGGUAUACAGGAGAUAGGUCACCAACACAAGCUCUAUGACUUGACUGAGUGCAUGAAGAAAGGAAUCAAAGAGGCUGUAACUGGAGGACAUGGGCCUAAGGCUGAAUUAGUAGCAGAUGAUUACAAGCAUAUUCUAACAGAGACAAUAAAACUUCCAAGUGGAAAGGUGUUCCAUUUUGAAAGCUAUGCAAGCAGCGUUUUUGCGACACUCAGAAGUGCCAUUGGUCUAUCUGAGGAGGACUUUUUACAAUCCAUGGCUCCUAUGGCAACGUACAUGCCAUACUACCAGUUCAUUUCCAACUCAAAAAGUGGACAGGAUUUCUUUCUCACAUAUGACAAAGUAUAUUUCAUCAAGACAGAGAAGAAACACUACAUAGAAUUCUUCCUCAACAUUUUAGGUGACUACCUCCAACACUUCCAAAGAUACCCACAUUCACUGCUGGUGAAGUUCCUAGGACUCUAUUCUGUACAUAUGGAGGGAAAGGCUAAGCGUUAUUUCUUUGUGAUGCCCAGUAUCUUCUAUCCAGAAGAGCGCAUCCAGACCAGGUACGACCUGAAGGGUUGCUAUGUCAACAGAUACGAAAAGCCUCCUGCUAAAGACAGCCAUGUGAUAGCAGUGCUCAAAGACCAGAACUUCCGCGAUGCUCAUGAUGUCAUAGAGCUCUCCAGCCAAAGAGAUUGGUUUAUAGAACAGAUCCGGGUUGAUUCCACGUUCCUCAGGGACCUAGGUGCAAUAGACUACAGUCUCCUAGUUGGUAAACACAGUCUGCAGUCGGAUGAGAAAAAUGUGCAUUUUGAUGAUGUCAUCACCAGAGUAAAAAGGUCUGUUGUUGGAGGGGCGCCAUCUUCAAGGGGCUCCAGUGGGGGUUCUGCAAAUGGAACCUUGGAGGAGAAUACCACUAUCACUAUAGACAACCAGGCUCAAUCCACAGACAAUAGCACCCCGUUACCUCAACGCUCAUUUUCUCUAGUUGACACACGGUACCUAGAUGGCACUAGCGCUCAGAAUCGCAGACUGCUUCCUGAUUGCAAGAAUGCGUUACAUAUUAUAGAUGGUCCAAAUCAUAGAUAUUUUAUCGGAAUAAUUGAUUUCUUCAAGACUUUUGAAUGCAAACAACAAAUGGAGCAGGUUUUGAAGACUGUCAUUCACUGUGGUACAGGUCAUUCUACAUGUAAAUGUGAUAAAUAUAGCGAGAGGUUUAUAAGGUGGGUGGACGAACAGACAAAAUGAUUAAAUUAAAUCCAAUUCAAGGAGGAUUGGCUCCCAGGGGUCCAUCUUGAUAUUUUGCCAUAUAUGGAGAUGUGAAUUCAAAUAAC